AUUUUGUCAUUGCUGGAGAAUGCCACUGUCCAGCAAAUGGUAGAAUUUCUCCGACCUGUCAUCUUCACAUGUGCUGUCGAACAGAUUAUUGAAAAAACAAAAUGCGUCCAGAGUCUUGUGGAUGAGGAGCUACUGGCUAAUGCUGUCCAUCGCGCGAAUAGGAGUGGCCUCAGAGAUGAUUACGUUGAGGCACUGAAGUUGAUCAAAUCAACAGAACUUCUCUUUGUGCAAUAUUCUAGUUUAUUAAAUAAGCUGACAAUUGGAGAAAGCGAUGAUCCUGCUGUAGUAUCACCUAAUCCGGAGGAUUUGUAUAAUUUUAUUAUAGCUCUUAUAGAGGAUGCUUCAUCUCGAAGAGAUGACGACCGAAUUGUCAUAUCUCGUGGCAUUCCUAUUUUUGGUGCUGCCAAUGGUACGCUUGGUAGUGCUGUGCGAAGAAUGUUGGAACGGCAAGACGUCAAAAGUGGUCUUUUGCCUUCGCCGACAAGUGCGCCACGACACAACGAGAAGUGGAAAAACGUGAAAACAAAUCAAUGCCGCGCCUAA